CUGGGUUGCUGGGUAUAUACCAGUAUCUAUCAGACUAUCAGUGGAUAGCAAAGAGCAAUUCCAAGGGAGUGCCAUCGGGGGCUUUGUAUGAACUUGUAACCAUUUUGCGAAUAAGUCUGAAGAAUGGGAUUGGCUUCUGUAAUCCACAAUGGUGUCCAAGCUCCCCUGAAACGCGACUCGGGGUUGCUUAAAAUUUGCUCAAAUUCACUACCAAUCAAAUACCCCAAAUGGGUUCGAGUUCAAUUCGCUCUCCGUCGCCCUCCGCACUUCUAUUCUGCAGGGUGUGGUCGUUUUCGGACGUAUUACUCACCAAUUGCGUGCUCCAGAGGAACUGAACAGGAGCAAGAAUCGUCUACCUCAGGUGAAAAUGUUAAUUAUGGAAUUAUAUAG